AUGCUGAGCCUCCGGCACCUCUGCGCGACGUCGGCGCUGCCGAUCGCCUACGUCCUCUGCUACUCGGACGACCUUGCGGCGGCGUACACGCCCCCUGCCCUCUACGGCGUCGCCUCGGCCCUCGCGGCUCUCUGCGCGGUCGCGCUCCACGCCGUGCUCUUGACACUCGUCGACCGCUUUGGCCCACGCGUCGAUGUCAUAUCGGCUCGGCGCAUGGCGCGCGAGAGCAUGAUUGCGUGCGACUGGGCGGCGGCGAGUUUGCACUGGUCGCGCGUCCUCGACGGCUGCCCCGCCGACACCGACGCCUACGAACAGCGCGCGCUUUGCUUGGAAGCGCUCGACGUGUCCGACGGGACCACGGCAGGACGCCAGCGCCCAAUUGUCACCUCGGAGCCUGCUGCGCCAAAGCGACUGUAUCGGUCACCGUCGUGGCAGCGGGUCGUGCGGCCUUUUCUAAAGCGCUGCGUGCACGCCUCGUGGAGCUCUCGCGCGAUCACGAUUCUGGUCCUCCCGCUGCUGCUGCUCUGCCUCGCCGUCCACAUACUCGCACGGACGACCACCGAGCUGCUUGUAGCGACAAUGGUGAUCGUCCUGCACGCUGCGUUGCGCCUCGGCCGUCGAUGGCUUCAGCUUGCCGCUGCACUGGCCGACGCGCUGCUGAGAAAUUGCCACAAAGCGUGGCUUUGUCUCUGUGUCGUCGUCGACGCCGCGACACCGCUCCUCGCCCAAAGCUAUCUUCAGCUAACCACGGCGACCAAGGACACCUACCUCUCGGUGGCUGUCGCGUGCCACUCACUGGGGACUGUCGGCGCCAAGACCAUCGACUCGCGCCUCGUUCGCUUGCUCUCGGCAGCGCUCGCACAAACGAUUGACACCGGCCGGUCCUUGGUGCGAGCAGCGGCGUGGGCGGCGUACGCCUCGGGCGCGUUUGCCGUGCUCGCACUCUCGUCGGCGCUGGUGGCAACCGGCCUCUUUGCGCUUGCGGGCGGGCACUACACCAUGCGCUACACGGCACGAAUGGCCACGCAGAUUGGAGCGCUCGGCACCGACGUUCUUGCGCCAACCGUGUGGUGCGCCGGUGUGUCUCUCCUCCGCGGACUCCAUACGACCCUCCGAACGCUCCACGUCAUCGCGAUCUGUCUGCAUACAGGCCUCGACUCCGUGCACGCCUCCCUCGUCGCGCCCGCGUGGUGCCACGUAUGCGCUGGCGGUAUCUUUCUCUUUUGCAGACUUCUCUGGACGCUGCAUCGUCUGGUUUGGUCUCUUGCGGCCGUGCUCGGCUUAACCCGCGACGUCAUUCUGCAUCCGCUCGCUCGUGCAAUGCAAACUGCAGUCUGCUACGUCGGUCGCACGGUCCUCCAGGCGUUGACCACCACCGCCCACCACCUCCAGCGUCUCUAUAUCGGAUUGGCAGCCGCCGUCAUGGCCAUCUCGCACCACGCAAGCAUCGGUGGUCGGCGGCUUCUUCUCGCGUUUGCUACCACCGGCUUGCGCGUCGCCGCUCACUGCCUCAUUGCGUGCGGUCGUUUAUGGCGCGGUUCGCACCGCUGUGUCGUGUGGCUCCUCGACGUCGUCUACCGACUGUACCUCGUCGUCCGCAGUCUUUUUCAAGCGUACGUCGUGCCACUUGCGCGUGCCACGUGGCUCUGUCUGGUCGGCACAGCGCUUUGUGUGUGGCGAGCAGCCAAGUACGUCUCGAGCGCCGUCUGGAGUGGUCUCGUUGCCGCUGGGGUUGCGAUGCGAGCUGCGUACACGUACCUACGCAUCUCGGACAAUGUCGUGGCGGUAUAUGCAUCGAUGGUGGCGCUUCUCGCUGCGAUGUGGGCGGCGAUGUGGGCGGCGGGCGUCUGGGCGUCGGCGGUCAUCGUAGCCGCGUCGCAAGCAGCGAUGGCGAUGACAAUCUCGGUGGCUCACGCGGUCUCGGCGCUCGUCGUGCAGCUCAUCGACGCAGCAUCGGUGGGUGUCUCAACCACGGUGCAAGUCAGCUACGACGUAGCCAUCGAGCUGCAGCGUCUUGUCGUAGUGUGA